AGUUACCUUGCCCAGAUGCCCGACAACAUUUUCUCCAAACUAGGAGGUAGCCUGCGGAUACAGACGUGUGCAGUUCUCGCAUGCAUUUGGACGGGGUUCCUGUUGGGUAUCAUCUGCGCCGUGUUCACCCUAAGGCUCAAGUUACAGACCGAAUCAUCGCUCAAGGCCCUGGUGCAGCUCUUUCGCCAGCAAAAAGAGCUCGAGGCACAGGUCGCUUCUGGAGACUUGACCGAGUCGCGUGACUCUCACUGUGCGGACGCCCUCUGCAGGUGGCACACCGACCACCUUUGGGGACGUCUGAACUUCUCCGUCGACCCCUGCGAGGACUUCUACUCAUUCGUCUGCUCCGCCUCGUGGUUUGAGGACUCAUCAAUUGAAGAUCAACCGUUUACGCAAUUUUCCUCCGCGCAACUCAUGGCGGACGUGGAAGACGCCCUCUCGAGGAACCUGGCGGCGUCGAGCGUUGGGUCGAGCGUAUGGAGCUUUAUUUACCAGUCUGCUGAACUUCUAAGGAUUUGCACAAGUUCUGCGAGGUCGUCUUGGGAGGACGUUAAACCAGUCUUCAGCGACUUCGGCAUUGCUGGGUGGCCUUACGUGAAUUCUUCCGAGGAGGUGAACCUCACCGCAGUUGUGGGAAAGAUGGAAAGAACUAUGGGGUUCAGCCCUCUCGCCGACGUCACCUUGUACAACUACUCCACACUAUCCGAUUAUCAGAUCCAAAUCGCCCCACCUACAACGCUGCUGCGAAGGUUCGUCCUGCAUCGGAACUGGACGGGUCUCCCGGUUUCCGUUUACGAAGACGAAUUACGUAAGGCAUUCGACAAGUUUCUCCCAGAUAAAGGCAACAGUGCUCGACUAGUAAGCGACAUUGUCGCGUUCGAGAGGCGCUUGGAAGCUAUAAACACGGUGGAGGUCGUUCCAGUAAACGAGAUGUUCAUGCAUUUACAUCAACUAGGGAAUGUCUCCAAGUGGAACUGGAAGACAUUUCUAGACAUCGUGUUCGAAGAUAUCAGGAACAUCACGGAGGAUAUCGUGUUAUGCGUCCGAUGCUCGUUCUUCAAGAAGCUAACUGUACUCAUUGAAGAGACCUCGCCGAGAACGCUGAUAAACUACGUCGGUGUUCGGAUCUUGGUGGUCGUAUCACCCUUUUUACCGGAGGAGAACCAGUUUUUGGUGAUGCUGAACCAGGAGAUACCAGGACUCGGCGGCGUUUCGCAACGCCUUCAUUCUUGUAUGAACCUUCUAGAAAGGGUUUAUCGCUACGGAAUGGCGAUGAUAGCUCGCAUAUCGCUGUCCAAGAAUUUUCCGAGCGUUUACCGAACGCACUACGACAAGGAAGUGGCGCGACUCGUACGUGCGCUAACGCGAGCUGCCACUCGGCGAACGAAAAAUGUCUGGUGGAUGACCGAAGAGACCGAACGGACAGCGGCUGCAGCCAAGUUUCGAGCGAUCGUUCCCGAAGUCUUCGGCACCACACCUAGCACCUACUGGCCGGCUCUGUAUUACGGCAUCUCGUCGCCACGGAUAAACGAAAGCAGCGUCAUAAAAAGUUACGUCGAGCUCCUACGGCACACCAGGAGAGUCUACUUGGGUUCCACUUGGCCCAACUUGGACUUUGACGCCAAAUACGCCAGCAGCGUGUUCGUACCGAAAGCCCAGUAUUUCCAUCCUUCGAGCGUCCUGUUCAUUCCGCAAGCCGUGGUUGGAUUUCUUAACCACGUUUCCAACGAGGUCGACAGCAGUUUUAUACCAAUAGUGGGAAGACCUAUCCUGGAAGGGAUGAUGUGCGUCCUGGACACCGUGGGUUCUCACGUCGACGAGAAACGAGGCCUGAGGUCCUGGUGGUCGCCUAACACUUCCACGAAUUUCGCAACGCUUAAGAAAUGUCUCAUUGAUCAGUAUGCGGCGAUGUAUUGGCCUAAUGCCGAUAUGAAACAGUGGGAGCGUUACGUCGACAUCGACAGGCUUCUUCGUGAGGUGGCGCUGGUGGGCCCAUUGUACGACACUUUUGUGUCGAGCGCGCCGUCCGCAAUAAUGGUGACACUAAUUGACGGCAGCGUGUUGGAUUCGAAGAAGCUUUUUUUCAUCAACUACGCGCUGUCGCUAUGCGAUCAUUAUGGACGUCGCGACGUGGUUCGUUUGCAAAGAAAGCUUGGGAUUGUGCCAGGUACGGUUUUGGUUAACCUGGCCCUGAUGAACUCGAAAGAGUUUUCGACUAUGUAUAAGUGCCAUGAUGGCGCGGCCAUGAACCCAGAAAAGCGGUGCAAGUUUUGGUGA